UCCAAACAAUAUACAACAAUUAUUCAAACAACACUCUUUCUUCUUUAUUCUGUCAAGAAAAUAAAAUCAACAUGGAGUGGACUAGAAGCCAUAUUCUAGGCCGUGGUUCCUCUGCCACCGUCUCUGCCGCAACCUCAACAUCCGGCGAUAUUUUCGCGGUCAAAUCAGUUGAGUUAUCACAAUCAGAGAGUUUGAAAAGGGAACAACAUUUUUUGUCAAUCUUGAAAAGUCCUUAUGUUGUGAGCUACAAAGGGUGUGACAUUACUAGAGAAGGCAACAACAAGAUGAUGAUGUACAAUAUGUUUAUAGAAUACAUGUCGUGUGGUUCGAUUAUCGAUUUAUUAAGUGCCCGAAAUGGUGAUGGUUUAAGCAAUUUGGAAAUUGCAAGCUACACAAGACAGAUAGUUGAAGGGUUAAAUUACAUUCAUUCUUGCGGCAUAGUGCAUUGCGAUAUUAAAGGUCGCAAUAUUAUGGUAGAUGGAAAUAUUGCUAAAAUUGGCGAUUUGGGUUGUGCUAAAUGGGCCAAUGAGGGGUCCAAAUUUCAUGGGACCCCAAUGUUCAUGGCCCCCGAAGUUGCAAGGGGCCAGGAACAAGGCUUUCCAGCAGAUAUAUGGGCACUUGGAUGCACAAUAAUCGAAAUGAUGACAGGUGAUUCACCAUGGGCUAAUGUUAAUGACCCGGUAUCACUUCUUUACAAAAUUGCAUUUUCAAAUGAAAUCCCGAAAAUCCCAAAUGAGUUGUGUGAUCAAGCAAAGGACUUUCUAAGCAAGUGUUUGGUUCGUGAUCCAAGACAAAGAUGGACCGCGAAACAACUUCUAAACCACCCGUAUAUUCAACAAUUUGAUGACAUUUCAAACCAAAUCAAUUGUGAUAAAUUCGUCACAAGCUCACCAACAAGCGUACUUGAUCAAGAUAUUUGGGAUUCAAUGGAUGCAUCAUUGGCGAGUACCGAAUUUUCUGAAUCUACGUGUUCUUUAAAAUCAGUAAGGCAAAGAAUGAAACAUUUAGCGGGCAAGUAUGAGAUGAAGCCAAAGUGGGAAUGUGAAAAGGGGGAAAAUGAAUGGAUCACAAUCAGAUUGAAUGAAGAUGUUGACAGGAAAACAAAUAGUGGGGGUGUUUUUUGCACCAUAUGUGGCUGUGAUUCGAACAUCAUGACUUGUACUUGUAGAAUAAGCAGUUUAUUUUUUAGAUAAUAACGAUAGUUGUAUGUGAAACAAGUACAUAUAUCUUUUUACCAUAUCUUCGAAACAACAAUUUUUUGACUUUUAACAGUUUUGUGAUCCGUGUAAAAUUUUCAAGAGUUAUUAAUUGAGACAACA